CCUGUACAGGUCAUAAGACUAUGACAAAGUAUCUGUUCAUACACGUUGAAUACGACUGAUGUUGUUGUAAAUACAUCGACCACAAGGGCUUAUAUUAACAUACAUGGCGCAACUAUGUAAGAAGGAAAUAGCGUUGUGAGGACAAAGUAACCGGAUGUCAAUCAGGACGUUACACAAUGUGAGUCAUACGUUCUGUUCCGGUGAAAGCAAAAGCAGGACACCACGAAAUCUUUUCCAGCGAGCUUUACAAAGGACAGGGAAUAAAAAUAUGAUCUGGAAAGAGACAAGCUAUAUCUUGACUGCCAAUUAUCAAUGAUGUCAUCAUCGGAGGAUUCGGGUCUCCAAGGGAAAAGUGUGCCUGAGAAAAUGUCUCAUAUGGAAAUCCGGGUAGUUGGAGUUGCAGGAGGAUCUGUCACACAUGCUCAAACAACUGGGUGUUCUUUUGAAUCGCAGGCUACAAUAAAUACAUUCGUCUGUAAAAGCAACGGCUCGGAUAGAGAACCACUUCAGGUGCGUACACUACAUGAAAUAACCAACAAAACACCUCACUGCAUCAAGACACAGUCCCUCUCUAAAGUUCUCAGAAAAUGCCAAAGAAACAAUAAAUGCGUGACCAUCACUGGCCUCCCAGGUGAUGGUAAGACAACUUUGGCCUACAUGGCACUGAGAGAACUUCAACACCAUUCUGAAGUGUUUGCAAUAAAAUCUGCCAAGGAAUAUUUCACCAUCACGUCUGUUAAGUGCUCCAAAGAUGCAUGUACCUACAUCAUGAUAAAUGAUGUUUUUGGGAUGUGUGUGUUCCAGAAGGAGAGUCUCAAAGAAUGGAGUGACGUUUUGAAAGAUGUCUUAUUUGAUCGAUUUGAAAGGAGACAUGAUCCAAGGCAUAUCAAACUUCUUCUUGUUGGCAGAUCCAAUGUAUUUCAAGAAGCUAGGGGUCACUUAAGAAAAUUUGAGGCCCUCGUGAUUGCUGAAGACAAUCUUGUUGACCUAAGUUCUCCAUCUUAUAAACUGUCCUUUAAAGAAAGAGUACAGAUCUUUGAAGUUUACAGUGAAAAACGGAUUGAUGAACAAACAAGGGAUGAAGUAUGUGCUUUGUCCACCCCACAUGGAUUCCCAAACUGCUGCGUAAUGUUUUUCAGCAUGAUGAAGCAAAGGAAGUUAAACCUGACUGAGUUUUUCACAAAUCCAAUUAGGUUUUUGAUGCAAACUACAAAAGUACUCAUUGCUGAAAACGCUUCAUAUAAGCGGUUAUUUAAGGAAAUAAUCCAAAUGGAUGGGAAGCUGGACCAUGCGACAAUCGGGCAAAGGAAGCCACUUAUGAAAGAUGUGGAGAGGAGGAAGGCAGUUAAUGAACUGAGAGGAAGUUUCAUUGAAGAACAAUAUGACUGUGUUGUGUUUAAGCACCCCUCGAUAUUUGAAACUGUUUCUUUGGCUAUAGGAACAAUUGAUCCCCUGUUUGUCAUCGAAUGUUGUAGCAUGCAAUUUUGGAAUCAUCAGUUAAGACUAAAGCGUACAGAUGCUGAACACACCAAGCAAUACAUAUUGCAAAUUGGAAGAGAAUACAUUGCAGACAUCACUCAACGUGUUGCGAAGGAACUCAACAGGGGAAACUUGAGAUACACACUUAGGCUUGAUAUAUUCAAUGAUAAAGACUUUGUUGAAGGCAUUUUUCAGUUCAUUAAAGACCACUACAACUGGGAGGAGCUGUUAUACUCCCGAUGGGUGAAAAACAUGCCAUCACACCUUGAAGAGACCCGUCCACCAACGUCUAUUCCAAAAGCACUUUUGGGCACUGGAUCUACAACACUGAUAGACAAAAAAUCAUUCCUGUUCCUCUGCACUAGCUGUACCUCCGAGCACCUACUGAGGCUCAUUCAUGAAGCAUUUCAACUUCCCAAAUUUGCAGUUGAGAACUUGCUAUUUGGCGCAUGCCAAAACAAUGCAGAGAGUUCUGUCACGUUCAUUUUUACUCAUUUCCCAAAUGUCAAUGUCAACAUUGUGGCUCCAGAAGGAGAUACACCUUUAAUUGCUUCUUCAGUCACUGGAAACAUCAACAUUUUGGAUCUCCUGAUGAAGCAUGGUGCAAAUCCUAAUGCUACCAAUCGAUGGAAUUCGACUCCCCUUCAUUAUCUCUGCGCCAGGGGACAUUUAAAGGGUGUACAAAUGAUGAUCCCAAAGAUCGAGGACAUCAACAAAGUUGGACAUAAUGAUAAUACAGCACUUCAUGAAGCAGCCAGGCAUCAGUCAGAUCGUAGCCAGGCGUGUGUACAGCUGCUAAUAGAAAGCAACGCUGAAAUUAACCUGAAAAACAAUCGUGGUGCCACGCCAUUGCACGAAGCUGUUAUGUCAAGCAACAGUGAGACGGUGAAAUACCUUCUUGAAGCAGGGGCCUAUCCUCAUUCAGAGGACAACAGCAAAACAAGUCCAUUGAUGAGCGCAUCUCUCAGUGGAAGCUUUGACAUCGUUGAAGUCCUUCUUAACAGAAAAGCAGACAUAAUGAAACAGGAUGUGUAUGGAUAUACUGCUCUCCACCUUGCUUCAAAAGCUGGCCACAAGGAUGUCGUGCGCAUUCUACUACAGAGAGGUGCAGACAUGAAUAUGUUGAACAAGGACAAGAAAACAGCAUUUCACCUUGCUUGUCAAAACGGAAAUGAGGAGAGUGUGAAGAUAUUGAUAGACUUUCAUGCCGACAUUCACCACAGGGAUUGGAACACAUCGCCUUUUCAUUUAGCUUGCUACAAUGGCCAUGACGGUACUGUGCGCAUCCUUCUUGAUGCAGGAGUGGACAUUGAAGACAAAGACAAAGGAGAAACACCUUUGGUCAUUGCUUGCAAAGCACGGCGACUACAACUUCUCGAGUUCCUCGUGGACAGAAAUGCAAAUAUGAAUAUUUUAGAUUCAGAUCUAAACUCUCUCCUUCAUAUAGUUGCACGUCACGUGCAUCGUGGCCAUAGAGAUAUCACAGAAAUUUUACUGAAUCAGGGUAUGAAUAUCAAUGCAACAAACAAACAUAGUGAGACACCCUUGUUCCUUGCUUGUGAAAGAGGGCACGUUGACCUUGUCAGAUUACUUGUAUCAAAGAAAGCAGACUUAAGUCAAAGUAACACCAAUGGUAAGACUCCAUUACACGAAGCAUGUUAUCCUGUUCAUGCUACAACUGUACCAAAGGCAAAACAAGACAUCACCCUUAUCUUAAUCAACGCAGGAGUCUGUGUAAAUGUCCAAGACAAAUCUGGGCAGAUUCCUCUGCAUUGUGCCUGUGAUCGUGGCUACCAUUUCGCAGAUGUGCCAGAUUCACAAAAGUUCCUCAGGGAGCUGCACAAUGCUCAACUGCAUAAGGUGAUGUACCUGCUUAAACACGAUGCCAACAUAAACUGUCAGGACAAUUCAGGACGUACACCUCUUCAUAAAGCAUGUGAUCCACCAGAGCUUGCCUUCUUUGUGGGUGACCAUGCCGAGUACAAGGAAAGAUAUUACAUGAUGAGGGCAGAGCUAGUGAAUGCUUUGAUUCAAAGUGGAGCCGAUACUAACAUUUAUGAUAAGAAGGGGAUACCAUCACUUCAUGGUUGGUUUGAAAGGAAUCUUGGUGGCGUAUAUACUCAUACACACUGAAUCGUGUUUAAGUGCUACAAAUAUGAGUACCUGAGCACUUCCAGAUAAAACUGUUUCUGGUGAUCCUUAACAUUGUUAUUUCAAAGUCCAUACGCUUUCCUGACUGCACCUUGUAUAUUCAGGUAAACCUCUGUGUGUACUGUGGAUUUGAAUCAAGUUAUCGUAAAUUAACAUUACAACACUACACACAACUUGCAUUAUCACAUUAAUCCAUCUUCUCCAAUCCACAUUUUGUUACUUCAAAUCUACUUUGUCAUAAAGAGAUGUCCUGUUUGUAAAUUGAGGAAAAUUGUGAUCACAAAAGCCACUGAGUCAAUCAGUUUAGUGAUUUAGCAAUAGAAUAAGUUAGUUUUUUUACGACUUUCAAGAACUUCAGAUAUGUCAUUGGGUAUCAGCUUGAUGUGUGAGGAACGUUGAGGAGAUGCAGGUUGUAGUCAUUUACCACUUGGUGAAACCCACCAGAACGUUCAUGGUGCUGAUAAACCACUCAUCAUAAUCAGAGUAAAUCUGGUAUUCAAACCCAUGAUUCCAGGAUAUGGCACAGAUGACGGACUCCACACAUCAAAUUAUGGCACACCUAAGGAACUCUAAACAUCAAAUACUGGCACAUUGGUCGACUGGGCGAACUGUGAAAACUUUAACUAAAAGUAGAAAUAAUUGUUUCAGUGUCUAAUAUGCCUACUGAUGAAGUCAUUUGUAAUGUUUUUACCCUUUAAUUACAUAAUAUUGACAGUGCCGGGUGACCUCGCCUAGAUGAACACUACCAAGCUAAAUGUCAUUCUUUCCCGAUGAACGUUAGUAUGUCAGUAUGAUUAUGUUGUCAAUCAAGCGUAGAGAGAUUCAAAACUACUUUUAGGGAAUUCCUCAAUGUCUAAAAAUAGGGUCAAAUAGAGAUGGUAUCAUCAUAUGACCAUUCCUUUUAGACAGAUCAUGUGUACAUGGUGGGUGACUGAAAUGAAGUGUCCAUGAGGAGUUACAGCAGAGAAUGCUCUAACCGCACUGCCGCAAGCGGUAAUUCUCACCAUCAGCUUAUCCAGCCUUAGUAUUACUCGAACACACACCCAUAUUAAUGCAUUUUAAGCAUCCACAGGGUCUGCCUUUCAUUCCAAUUCCAACUUAAUUGGGUGCAUCUUCUACUUCAAGUGAGUGAGUUUGAUUUUACGCCACUUUUAGCAAUAUUCCAGCAAUAUCACGGCGGGGGACACCACAAAAGGGCUUCACACAUUGUACCCAUGUCGGGAAUCAAACCCGGGUCUUCGGCAUGACAAGCAAACGUUUUAACCACUAGGCUACCUGACCGCCCCUCUACUUCAAGUGAAUGAAGCCGCCAUUUAAUGACUUUUGUAAGACCAAGGGAUGUAAUUGCCAAUGGAUAAUUUGGGACUGAUGACAUCGAGACAAAAGCAACUCGCUUCGUUGAUAUAGUUAGCUUUAAAUAUUUAAGUUUGGUGUCUGUAUGGUAUGUUUUUUUAAGAUUUAUGUAUCUGUCAAUAAAAGGAUUCAAGUUGUAUUUGUUGACGUUAUUUAACUUGAUGAAGACAGUGCCUCACAUUAGCAA